CAGGAAAGGCACCCAUACGUUUGCAGAAAGGUUUUGUUGGAAUCGUCAGGAUGAAGUACGUUCUAGUCUCUGGAGGUGUCAUCAGCGGCAUCGGGAAGGGCGUGAUAGCCUCUUCGACCGGCUUGCUGUUGAAGACCAUUGGACUUAAGGUUACGUCCAUAAAGGUAGAUCCUUAUAUGAAUGUCGAUGCUGGGACAAUGGCGCCUACCGAACACGGCGAGGUAUUCGUCUUGGAUGACGGUGGUGAAGUUGACCUUGACCUCGGAAAUUACGAACGAUACCUCAAUAUUACCUUGACUCGGGAGAAUAAUAUCACCACCGGCAAAAUCUAUAAGCAUGUCAUUGAGAAAGAGCGCAGGGGUGACUAUCUUGGCCGCACCGUCCAGGUGGUUCCGCACUUGACAGACGCGAUUCAGGAUUGGAUUCAGCGCGUUGCAAGGAUCCCUGUUGAUGAUACGAACGAGACACCCGACGUCUGCAUCAUUGAACUUGGUGGUACCGUCGGAGAUAUCGAGAGCGCUCCUUUUAUUGAGGCUAUGCGCCAGCUUCGCCGACGAGCUGGCAAGGACAACUUUGUCAAUAUCCAUGUUUCGCUGGUUCCGGUUAUACAUGGAGAACAAAAGACCAAGCCAACACAGCAAGCUAUACGCGAUGUCCGAUCCGCCGGAUUAAGUCCAGACUUGAUCGCGUGUCGUUGCUCCAUGGCUCUCGAAAGAUCAACAAUCGAUAAGAUUGCAAUGUUCUGUCAAGUUGAACCUGAACAAGUGUUCGGUGUACAUGAUGUGUCUAGCACGUAUCAUGUCCCUCUCCUCCUUGAAAAACAAGGCUUGAUCUCUGUUCUACGUGAUACGCUAAAGAUUGAUGAUCUUUCAGUCCAACAAAAGCUCGUUUCUCAAGGGCAAACAACUUGGCAAAGAUGGAAGACGCUUACAACAUCACAAGAACGCCUAUUUGAAACAGUUACCGUUGCACUGGUUGGCAAGUACACCAGCCUGCAUGAUUCAUAUCUAUCGGUUAUCAAGUCCCUCGAACACUCUGCAAUGGCCUGCGGAAGGAAACUUAACUUAGUUUGGGUUGAUGCUUCUCAUCUGGAGAAAUCCACAGCAUCCGAAUCUCCCGAAUUAUACCACAAGGCCUGGCAUGAGGUUUGUACGGCUGAUGGCAUCCUUGUACCCGGAGGAUUUGGAACUCGAGGUACGGAGGGCAUGAUUGCUGCUGCUAAUUGGGCGAGAACCAAACCAAAACCUUACCUCGGCGUUUGCCUUGGUAUGCAGAUUGCCGUGAUUGAGUACGCGCGCAACGUCUGCAAACUUCCCAACGCUGGCUCUGUUGAAUUGGGAGGCGAGGGCGUCGACGAUCCCGUUGUCAUCUACAUGCCCGAAAUUGACAAAGUCAAUUUAGGAGGAACCAUGCGCCUCGGCCUACGCCCGACCAUUUUCCAGGAGGGUACGGAAUGGUCUAAACUCAGAGCUCUCUAUGGGGUAUCUAAUGAAUCGAUUGACGAACGCCACCGUCAUCGCUAUGAAGUGAACCCAGAGUAUGUUCAGUGUCUCUCCGAAACCGGGCUCAACUUCAUUGGGAAAGAUGAUAAGGGCGAGAGAAUGGAAAUCCUGGAACUUAAGGAUCACCCUUGGUUUGUGGGUGUCCAAUUCCAUCCGGAAUAUCUUUCUCGUGUCCUUUCUCCCAGCAAGCCAUAUCUUGGAUUCGUUGCCGCGAGCGCAGGUGUAUUGGAUGAAGUCACCAAAAACCUGCAAAGCAACGAAUUCCUCGUUAAUGGAGCCCUAAGUAAUGGAAUUAAAAGUUUGGAUAUCUGACUUGGCGCACGGUUGCUUCUCGAAUAUUUUUUCUCGAGCUGGAAAAUUGAUCUCUAGAUACUCGUUUUUGCUCUUCUGGGACUGACGGUACUUUGGACAUUCGGAUAUCGGACGACGAGAAAAUUAUGAAUCGUAGAUACCACUUGUGAUGUAUGGCUUGCUCAAGGCUCUCAUCAUUCUUUUGGUGUUAUAUAAUGAUGUGCUUUGGGUGGUCACAGGCAAUUCUCGCUUCGCGUUUUCUUUGCGCUGUGCACUAAUUCUAUGUAUAGGCACUUAAAACUGCAUGUGCUGUAUAACUAAAUAAUAAAAAGCCAGUAUGAUGGAAGUGA